AUUAUACUCCGGAGCUUGAGGAAGUGGGGCUGCACGUGUGAAGCGACCUCUGUCUCCACUUUGCUCCCCAUGAAAACAGCGGCCAGCGCGGAGAGCGGCAUUCGAGGAGGAGCCGCUGUGGGGUCGAAGGGGUGCCUCUCACCAUCACCAGCCGAGGCGCACGCAUGACUAAUCGAAAGAUGGUGCGGCCCGUGUUUUUGCUGUUGGUGGCGGCGCUUUUCGCAAGCGUCGCAGAUGCUCAGCAGCGCAAGGAAAUCACAAUCGAGCAGAUCGCCGAGGGUGUUUUGGCGCUGAACAGGGACCUCAGGGAAAACAAUGCGCGCCUUGAGCGACACGAGUUGCGCGAAAGGCAACUUGGAGAGCACCUCAAGAAGACCAUCGCCGGCCUGGAAAAGCAUUUGAAGAAGCAGCAGGCUGACGUGGACGCCCUUCGCAGUGACGUUGGACGAGUGGUUCAUGGCCUCAACCAGCACACCGAGAGUGAGAGGCAGUGGAUGCAACGCCUGCAGAGUUCUGUGGAGGAAAUUCGCUCUCAGUUGCAGAACAGCGGUGGCAACUCUGGAGCUAUCAGCGAGGAGCUGAGACAAAUUCGCGAGCGGCUCGAGGCGCUCGCCUUGAGUGACGGUGGUGGCAAUGCCAAUGACCUGAUUGUCGCCUCCAGAAUGCUUCAGGAGGCUGCUGACAAGCUUGUGAGUGGCGAAUCCAAGCUUGAGGACCACGCAACCGCCUCUCGGUCGCUUCUCGAGCACUUCCGUAGCGAAGUGGACCGACUUAAGGACGUGAAGAAGAGCGAGUAUGAUGCCGAUGACGAGACAAGCUUGAGUUCGGUACUGGAAGCGGUGGAGAACACACAGAAGUUGGUGUCUGAGUUGAAGGUCGGCUCGGACAGAGGCUCUGAUGGAAACGAGACGGCUCGGGCGAUCGCCGUUCUACGCGAGGACCUGCUGACGAGCAGCGCCGAAUCGACAGAGCGCAUCGUCAGCACCGUGGCGGUGGCCAGGCUCGAGGCCACCACCGGCCUCAGCGGCCUCAACGUGGUGCUAUCCGAGGUCAAGCUGGACACGACCAAGAGCGUCGAGGCGCUGCGAAACUUGGAAAGGGUGGCCGUGCAGACAGCCGAGGGCGUCGAAGAGGGCAAGCGGCGCAUCGAGCUCAGUGGCCAGCAGACGCUCUACGAAUUACGCAAGAGUGGAAAGGCAAAUGCUGAUCUACUGAAUGAGACAAUUGGAGAACGUUUUGAGCAACUUUCUGGCGAUAUUCUGCGCAACCAGACCAAGACCCUGCGCAACAUGUCAGCGGCUCUCGAGUCCGAGAUCAGCCAGGUGUGGCGCCAGAUCGGCAUCAUGUACAGCCAACUGACGCAGUCGGUCAGCACCCUGGACAGACUGCAGAACCAGACCGAGUCCUAUGUCAAUGGGAGUCUCACAACCAUGGGCAACAUGAGCGGCAAGGUCGGACAACUCAGUGGAACCAUGGCUGAGGUUGAUGGCAACCUCAACUACCUGCUUGGACGCAUUUCUCUUGUUACCAGAGAGUUCAACAUGAUUAAAAAUGAACUGGGACCAGCCCUUGAUCAGGCGAGAACAGACUUUGCCAAGUUGCACAACGCAGUGAUUGCUGAUCUCCCCAGCAAGCAGCCUAUCUCGGAGCCAAUAGACGACAACCUUGUGGGAACCGAAUGAAAAUUUAUAAUAAGCUAAUUAAUCAUGUAAUCCCAACAAAUUUUACCAUUUUUAGCAUUAAGAUGAAAUUUUUAUCACUUAUAUUAUACAAAUACAAAAUUUCAAAAUUUAUUCUACAUUUUCUUUGGAGUGUGCCAUCUAGUUUAAUUUAAAAUGUAAAAAAGCUAGAGUGUCAUUUUUAUCUAUAAUUAAAAACCUUGUAAGAAUUAAUUUCAAUAAAUUUAUUCCUCAUUUUAUA